ACUCCUCAGUCCCUACACGCACUCUCUAAAGAGCUGUGAAAAUAAAAAAGGCAGUCUCCAUUAUUUUUGUUUUGUUUUCUACCGACAAAAAUACUUUUUCUUUUUCCUCGUUUAUCAUAAUACCACUAUAUUCGGCGGCGAUCUUGCGAUCAAAUCUCGGUAACGCUUCUAUCGGCUUUUGUAUAAGUGGAGAAAAGCUUUUGGCUUUGUGAAUUUUUAGAAAUAGAAGGUGUUUGUUUGGUUGGGGAAAUGUAGGUGGAGUAAUCUUUGGGACAUGUGGUUAGCUAUUCUUUAGGUCCAUGGAUGUGUCGGUUUAAUUAACAGCUGCUCUUCUUCCUUUUAAAUGUCAGUUUGAUUGCAUCUUUUCUCUGUUUCUCAAAAAAAAAAAAUUCUUCUUUCAAUGCAUUUUGAGGUGUUUGGUCAAAAUGGAGGCUAAGUUUGGGGGAAAGAUUCAGCACUUGUAUGGGAAAAGGAGUAUGGAAUGGGAUUUAAAUGAUUGGAAGUGGGAUGGUGAUUUGUUUACAGCUGCUCCACUGAGUUCUAUGCCGUUUGAUUGCCAGAGCAAACAGCAGGUAACUACUGCUGGAGUAGUCUCCAAUACCUUAUCAUCUGGUUCUGAUGAAAUGGCAUCGGGAACGGGAAGGAAGGAAUUGGAGAAACGGAGGAGGUCCGUUUCCGUUGUGGUAAGCGAAGAUGAUGAAGUUGCAUCGCUUAAUUUGAAGCUUGGCGGGCAGCUGUAUCCGAUAAUGGAAAGGGAGGAGGAGGAAAAAUGGCAAGGCAAGAGUGGGAAGAAGAGUAAAGUUGCUGGGGCUUCUUCCAAUCGUGCAAUAUGCCAAGUUGAGGAUUGUCAAGCUGAUUUGAGCAACUCUAAGGAUUAUCAUCGACGACAUAAAGUGUGUGAUGUGCAUUCUAAAGCUGCUAGAGCUUUGGUCGGAAAUGUUAUGCAGAGGUUUUGUCAGCAGUGCAGCAGGUUUCAUGUUCUGCAAGAGUUUGAUGAGGGGAAGCGGAGUUGUCGUAGGCGUUUAGCAGGUCACAACAAACGGAGAAGGAAGACACAUCCGGAAAACGUAGCUAAUGGAGCCUCCAUGAAUUAUGAGCGGGGUAGUAGCUACUUAUUAAUUAGUCUGCUGAGGAUACUGGCGAAUAUACACUCCAAUAGCGCAGAUCAAUCUAAAGAUCAGGAUCUACUGUCCCAUCUGCUGAGAAACCUAGCUAGUCUGGCUAGUACAGCUAAUGAGAGGAAUGUGCCUGGCUUGUUGUCUGCAUCUCCGGAUCGGCAAAACACAGGGACAUCUGGGUGGUUUUGUAUAAAGGACUCUCCUCAGCCAACAGGGCAAUGCUUGAGUAUACCUGCACCAGAAGUGAGAGAUAAGAGAAUGGACACGAAUGGUGCUGAUUGUGAGAUUCCACAAAAUUGUUGUGCCCCACAGCCCGAGUAUAUGUACCAUAGAAAAGAAAGCUUACCUACCAAUGCAAAUGUUUCAGCAACUUCACUUGCAGGGGUGAAACUAAGUAACAUUGAUUUGAAUAACAGCUAUGAUGAUCCUCAAGAUGGUAUCGGAAAGCUGCAUUAUCCUAAUGCGACUGUGAACCUAGGUAAUGCAUCUCCUGGCUGUCCUCUAUGGUUAUGUGAAGAACCUCACAAAUCAAGCCCCACAAAGAUAAGUGGGAAAUCGGGUUCCACCUCAAACUUUUCACCAUCUAAUUCCAGCGGAGAGGCUCAGAGCCGCACAGAUCGAAUUGUCUUUAAACUCUUUGGGAAAGAUCCUACUGACUUUCCUACAACCUUGCGAAAACAGAUUCUGGAUUGGUUAGCACACAGCCCUACAGAUAUUGAAAGCUACAUUAGACCUGGAUGCAUCAUAUUGACAAUAUAUCUUCGGAUGGAUAAAUCCAGAUGGGAGGAGCUUUAUUGUGAUCUUAGAUCUGGUUUGACAAAACUUCUCAAUGCAUCCACCGAUUCAUUUUGGAGAACUGGAUGGGUUUAUACUAGAGUGCAGCAUCGUGUGGCAUUUAUAUUUAAUGGGCAGGUUGUUCUGGAUACUCCCUUGUCAGUUAAAAGUCAUAGAAACUGUAGGAUAUCAAUCAUCAAACCACUUGCAACUUCUGUCUCCGAGGGAGUUCAGUUUUUGGUAAAAGGCUUUAACCUAUCUCGACCAACUACAAGGUUACUAUGUGCCAUGGAAGGGAAAUAUCUUGUGCAAGGUAGUUGUGCAGAUAUGAUGGGAGCAGGUGAUUCUUAUAUGGAGCAUGAAGAGAUCCAGUCCCUUGGCUUUCCGUGUAUUAUGCCAAAUAUUACUGGCAGGGGGUUCAUCGAGGUUGAAGACCAUGGUCUUUGCAGCAGCUUCUUCCCUUUUAUAGUUGCAGAGAAAGACGUUUGUUCCGAAAUUCGUACCCUGGAGAGCAUUAUUGAGGCUGCUGAAACAGCUGAUGGUUUCCUGGGAGCAACUGAAGAGUUACAAGCUAGGGACCAAGCUUUGGACUUUAUACAUGAGAUGGGUUGGCUGCUUCAUCGAAGUCACUUGCAAUUUAGACUUGGUUCUGGUUCCAACUUGAUUCUCUUCCCUUUUGAACGGUUCAAGUGGCUUAUUGAGUUCUCUGUUGACCAUGCCUGGUGUGCUGUUGUGGAAAAACUUUUAAGUAUUUUCUUCAACGGCAUUGUAGAUGUAGGACAACACUCAUCACUGGACAUUGCUUUGCGGGAGCUUGGGGUCCUUCACAGAGCUGUAAGGGGAAACAGAAGGUCCAUGGUAGAAAUGCUGUUGAGAUACUGUCCUCACAGAGUACUUGAUAAAUCAGGGGUAGAAAAGAAACAAGGUCAUGGUGGCUACUUAUUUAGACCUGAUUCGGAGGGUCCUGGGGGUUUGACUCCACUUCAUAUAGUUGCUAGUCAGGACGGAUGCGAGAGUCUUUUGGAGGCAUUAAUUGACGAUCCAGGACAGAUUGGAAUUGAAGCAUGGAGAAGUGCCCGUGAAAGUACUGGAUUGACACCCAAUGAUUAUGCAUCCCUGCAAGGUCAUUACUCACACAUUCAUGUCGUCCAGAAGAAAAUUAAUGAGAAUUCAGGUAGUGGACAUGUUGUUGUCAAUAUCCCUGGUACUUUGUUGAAUAGCAGUUUCAAACAGAAACUAGAAGACGAUCAAAAGUUGGUAAAAGUUGUGAGCUUACAAACCGAGAAGCCUUUAAGUAAACCAAUUCAAAGACAUUGCAGACAGUGCGAGCAGAAAUUCUCAUAUGGAAACAUGGGGAAAACAAGAGUUGCAAUAUACAGGCCGGCGAUGCUCUCAAUGGUAGCAGUUGCUGCCAUAUGCGUGUGUGUAGCUUUGCUGUUCAAAAGCUCACCAGAGGUUCUUUAUGUGUUCAAACCGUUUAGGUGGGAGCAGCUGAAAUAUGGUUCCAGCUAAUACUAAUGUCGGUUGUACAAGAGUGUAGAGAUACCCAUGAUUUUUUCUUCUCUCCACUUGUUCUUAAUGGAUAUACUAAAAUGUAUAUUUAUUUUCACUACUCCAUUGGUAGGUGUAAUAUAUGAGAGAAGCUCUUCUACAGUUGGUAUUAUUUUUUACGUGUGGAUAGUUAGAAUAGCAGUGACGACUGGGAUUGUAGAUUGCAUCGGCCAGUUUGAGCCGAAAUAUUUAAGUUCAAUCAUAUAGAAUUUAAUGCAAACUGAUUGCUGACAGCAUUUAGCAAA